AUGAUAAGUUCCUUUAAAGGUUUUUUGGUACCUUUAAUAUUUUUACUCAUCUUCACAGAUGCUGUAAUAAUCUCUGAUAACACUUAUUUAGAUGAUAUUUCUUUCUCUUCCCCCCUUACUGUCGAUAAGGAUUAUUUUUUGGCAUUGGUAAACGGUAACUCUUAUAGUUUCAGCAAAGAAUUGCUCGUGAACGGUUCACUUUUCGUUGGUGAUAUAAACUCAUAUGGUAACGGAUUUAGCACUACGUUCGAUGGCUUAACUAUUACAAACAACGGUUUGAUUGUGGUGGAUAGCAGAAAUCUUACAACUGGUUCAAUGAUUGUCUCGUGGGGUGGUUCUUCAAUCACUAAUAAUGGGAGAAUGUAUUUCAAUGGUUUGAAUAGCAGUGCUAAUAGUUUCACAUUAAACCCAAGUAUAUCCUUAACAAACACCGGUUUAAUGUCUUUUGGUCAGGAUUCUACUUCAGAUUAUAGUAGUGUUGUACACCUUAAGUCUGGAUCUUUUGUUAAUAUUGGUACUAUUUGUUUGAAGAAUGUUAAGGCAUCUUUGGAGAGUUCUAUAGCAGGUGACGGUUGCAUUACAAUAGGUGAAAAUUCUGUAUAUGCUAUACCAAUACAGUCAAGCUCUGGUACAGUCGGUCCACAAACUAUAUAUAUGACCUCUCCUUCCUCAAUGCUUUAUGUGGGCUCAUAUGGUAACACGGAUAAUAUCUUUGUUAGAGGUUUCGGUAAUGGUAAUUAUUUGACAUUUCGUACCGCAAUAGCAGGUUAUAAUUAUGAUCCAGAUACCGGUAUCUUGACAGUUGAUGUAGCCACUAUUCAUAAAAUUAAUAUUGGUAUUGGUUAUAACCCACAUGGAUUUUCAAUGAAAUCUAUACAUAACCACAUUGGUUUUAAUUUUAUCAAUAACGCAUUAGUCUAUAAUGACACUGCCCCACACAGCUUUCCUAGUGCUUGUAUGCCAUGUGAUUCCUCUCCUUGGAUACCUAUUAUGAAUUCUUUUUCAUCUAGUUCUGCUUCUUUAUCCACAUAUUCAAGCGUAUCUUCUGGUUAUUCCACUGACUCUACACCAUCUAGUUCUUCUUCUUUAUCCACAUAUUCAAGCGUAUCUUCUGGUUAUUCCACUGACUCUACACCAUCUAGUUCUUCUUCUUUAUCCACAUAUUCAAGCGUAUCUUCUGGUUAUUCCACUGACUCUACACCAUCUAGUUCUUCUUCUUUAUCCACAUAUUCAAGCGUAUCUUCUGGUUAUUCCACUGACUCUACACCAUCUAGUUCUUCUUCUUUAUCCACAUAUUCAAGCGUAUCUUCUGGUUAUUCCACUGACUCUACACCAUCUAGUUCUUCUUCUUUAUCCACAUAUUCAAGCGUAUCUUCUAGUUAUUCCACUGACUCUACACCAUCUAGUUCUUCUUCUUUAUCCACAUAUCCAAGCGUAUCUUCUAGUUAUUCCACUGACUCUACACCAUCUACUUUAGGCUCUUCCAGUUUUAUUACUUCACCACCAUUACCAAAACCAAGUGCUAUCACUUCCUACAUCCCAGGCAUCAUAAGCUCUACUUCUGCUCAAUCCACAAUAACAUCUUACACCACUGACGCCAACGGUAGCAGCAGCGAAGUUGACAUUGUUGUUGUUGUCACUCCGGUUCAAAGUACUGUCACUGCAUACACUGCAGGCUCAGUUGGCUCCGCCUCUGCCCUUUCCUCCUACAUCUCUUACACCACCGACUCCAACGGUAGUACUGAGGCCAUUGGUGUUGUUGUAGUCGAGACCCCAACUGUCAACCAAAUCACCUCCUACAUCCCAGGCAUCAUAAGCUCUGCUUCUGCUCAAUCCACAAUAACAUCUUACACCACUGACGCCAACGGCAGCAGCAGCGAAGUUGACAUUGUUGUUGUUGUCACUCCGGUUCAAAGUACUGUCACUGCAUACACUGCAGGCUCAGUUGGCUCCGCCUCUGCCCUUUCCUCCUACAUCUCUUACACCACCGACUCCAACGGUAGUACCGAGGCCAUUGGUGUUGUUGUAGUCGAGACCCCAACUGUCAACCAAAUCACCUCCUACAUCCCAGGCAUCAUAAGCUCUGCUUCUGCUCAAUCCACAAUAACAUCUUACACCACUGACGCCAACGGCAGCAGCAGCGAAGUUGACAUUGUUGUUGUUGUCACUCCGGUUCAAAGUACUGUCACUGCAUACACUGCAGGCUCAGUUGGCUCCGCCUCUGCCCUUUCCUCCUACAUCUCUUACACCACCGACUCCAACGGUAGUACCGAGGCCAUUGGUGUUGUUGUAGUCGAGACCCCAACUGUCAACCAAAUCACCUCCUACAUCCCAGGCAUCAUAAGCUCUGCUUCUGCUCAAUCCACAAUAACAUCUUACACCACUGACGCCAACGGCAGCAGCAGCGAAGUUGACAUUGUUGUUGUUGUCACUCCGGUUCAAAGUACUGUCACUGCAUACACUGCAGGCUCAGUUGGCUCCGCCUCUGCCCUUUCCUCCUACAUCUCUUACACCACCGACUCCAACGGUAGUACCGAGGCCAUUGGUGUUGUUGUAGUCGAGACCCCAACUGUCAACCAAAUCACCUCCUACAUCCCAGGCAUCAUAAGCUCUGCUUCUGCUCAAUCCACAAUAACAUCUUACACCACUGACGCCAACGGCAGCAGCAGCGAAGUUGACAUUGUUGUUGUUGUCACUCCGGUUCAAAGUACUGUCACUGCAUACACUGCAGGCUCAGUUGGCUCCGCCUCUGCCCUUUCCUCCUACAUCUCUUACACCACCGACUCCAACGGUAGUACUGAGGCCAUUGGUGUUGUUAUAGUCGAGACUCCAAUAUAUGGAAACUCCACUAUUCAUGGUGGAGAAACUGGAUCUACUUUAACUGGUACUUUAGUUGUUUUGACUACGGUUGUUAAUGGAGUCACUAUGACCACAACUUAUUGUCCAGAACCAUCUGAAACUUCUGAAACAAGUAUGACUGCUAUUAUUGGACAUAGUUCUAUUGAGUCAGUUUAUUCAAAGAACCAACAAGAAGAGACCAACUCAUUUUCUGCUGUGUCCAAUGCAACUCCAGUUACUUCUAUUGCUUUUACCACCACUGGCACAGUGUUUAUCAACAAUGAAAAUCAACCAACAUCUAGAAACUCCAGAGAAUCUACCACUGUUAUUGUUGGUUCUACAAGGGGUAACAUAGACGUUACUUCGGAAACUAGUACUGUUGAAUCCAGAAGACCAGAAACAUCUCUAACUACAAAGAUGCCACAAGUUUCCCAAUUCGUUUCUGAGCAAUUCUCGUCAUCUCCAACUGCUAUGACAGCCUCUCAUGUAAGUGCACCUUCUCUUGCAUCAUAUAAGGGUAAGGGUAGCACUAUAUACAUGAAAUGGAGUGUUGCCCAUCUUGUUGGUCUAUUAUUAUUUAUGAUUAUUUAA